UCCAGUUUCAGCACGAACUCCUCCAGGAAGAGUCGCUCACUGAUCAUGUUCCUCCUAAUCUCAAUCAUCUGGAUGUUAGCGGCGCUUCUGCUCUCCAACUUGAGUUUGCGGUCUCUCGCUGCGUCAUUUCUGUCUGUAGAAAUGCGCAAAGGGAGCAGAGCUUGUGGAGUCCUGCAGCCCGUCCGCCUCCCGGAACCGCAGCUCUCUCCGAACCCUUUCUCCUCCUCUUCCUCCUCCCUCGCCUCCCCCUUUCCCCUCCGCUGCCUCCCAGCCCCGCAGGUUCAAUCUGCGCCCCUGUUUCCUGUCACAUGGGCUGGAAAUCGGAUCCUUGUUUUCUACUAUCUGCUGUCUUUGUGGUGUCAGAGGAGCAGCAGGAGCAGACCUCAAGUUCAGUCCGUCAGUCAGUCCGUGCUGGUCGCGUGCGCGCCAGGCUGCUCUCCACCUGAGACUUUCCGAGCUUUUACGCACCAUGGACUCGUGCGCCGUCUCCUCCGCGCUCCUGCUCGCCGGCUUGCUGUGCUCGGCGGCUCUCAGUCACUUUGACACCGAGUGUUACACCGCCAACGGCGAGGACUACCGAGGCCUUCAGAACAUGACCAGCCUUCAAGCCGGCAAACCCUGCCUCUUCUGGAACGAGACCUUCCAGCAUCCGUACAACACGCUCAAGUAUCCCAACGGAGAAGGAGGUCUGGGAAGCCACAACUACUGCAGGAAUCCUGACGGAGACGUUCAGCCGUGGUGCUACAUCGCCGACCACGAGGACGGGAUCUACUGGAAGUACUGCGACAUCCCAACAUGUCAGAUGCCGGGAAACUUGGGCUGCUUCAAGGACAGCGGUAACCCGCCCACGCUCUCCGGCGCCAACGAGAUCUCCACCAAGCUGACCAUUCAGAACUGCAUCAGCUUCUGCAGGAAGAGGAGAUACAGGCUGGCCGGGAUGGAGUCCGGACACGCCUGUUUCUGUGGAAACCAAGUGGAGCUGCAGGACCACGGCGAGUCGCCCGGCAUGGACUGCAACCACGUCUGCUUCGGGGACCACACGCAGCCGUGCGGGGGGGACGGCUGGGUCAUCGUCUUUGACACUCGAGUGGGCGCCUGCGGCGGGAACUACACCUCGCCAUCUGGAGUCAUUUACUCCCCCGACUUCCCCGACAAAUACAGCGCGAGCCGCGUGUGCUACUGGACCGUGCAGGUCCCCGGAUCCUUCGCCAUCCUCUUCAACUUCACCUUCUUCGACAUCUCCGACCAGGCCGACAUGGUGGAGCUUCUGGACGGCUACACCAACCAGGUGGUGGCGCGUUUCGACUGGCGCAGCCCCCCGCGGGAGCUGGUCAACAUCACCGGUGACUUCGUCAUUCUGUACUUCUACUCCGACCGCACCAACCAGGCGCAGGGCUUUGCACUGCUCUACCAAGCGCUCCGACACCAGGAAACCAGAACAAUAGGAGGCGACGACGAGAAGGACGUCUGGAGCACGGCGGGGCCGGCGCCGGCCGCCACCACAGAGAGAUCCAACGGCACGUCCAACGGGCACACCUCCCAGAUCCUCUUCAUCACGUCCAGCCCCGGAAAACCGGAGCACAACAUGCCAGGUCAGUGGGCUGGACGCGGCGAGACCAACGGCCACAGCACCAUGUGGACCAUCUACGCUCUGGCCGCUCUCCUCAUCCUGACCGUCGUCGCCAUGGUCGCCAAGCUGCUGCUGCACGUCUCAGUCAAGUCCGCCAACAUCCCGACCGUCAGCGGCUCCGACGGCUGCAGCCAGAACACGGCGGCGGCGUCCGAGCCGUGGAUCAUCCUGUACCGACCCUCCACCAUCUCCCUGUUCAAGAAGAAGCUGAAGAGCCACCACGGAGACCUCAGCCCCCUGGUGGGCAACUAGAGGCCGACGCCCCCACCCUCCGAAAAUACAGACCGCCAGAGUGACUGCAGCAGGAGGGGCUUAACCCCCCCACUCACACCAAAGAGGAGCGAUGGGGGGGGAUAUGAUGAGAUCCUGAUGAGCAGAUCCUCCAUCACCCCCCGACUAAAGGGGGUGGGGGGCGGGACACGGAGUCCCAAUGACAUCACAGCACUUCAGUGAUGUCAUCAUCAGUCAGAAGAUGCCCCGCCUCUCCAGCGUUCAAGUGCCUUAAGGACCUCCUCCUCCUCCUCCCCAGGAGGAUCUCAGACAUGAAGAGGACCCCCCCCAUGUAAAAUGACGUUCUCAGGGGACCAAAGCUGGUGUAACUGUUUCAGAGAUUCUGUUUGAACAGAUAUUUAUGAGUCUACGUUUCACUGAAACGUCUCCUGGAUGCUUCAGAGGACGGCGCCGGUGUUCCUCUGAGCGGUCAAACCGCCGCUUGUCCCCCCCCAAACGUUACCUGCACUUAACGCGGCUCUGAUCCCGCUCUUCUUCAUCCGGGGGGUAAAAACAACACCGUGGCACUUCAAACAGCGGCGGCUCUCUGAGCGCGCCCAGAACAGAGGCGGGGCUAACCGGAGCUGACACUCGGGAUCCGCGCUUGUUUGGAUUGUCUCCUGAAUUAUGCAAACUCCCGUUUUCUGCUCCCGACAGCCGGAAAAUUCCCAGGAGAAAAGGCGCUUUUCCCAGAUUGCCAAAUGGAAAAUGACAUGAACUAAACCUGAGGGGGCGGGGUUUGUGGAGCUGUAAAUAAAAUAGUAAAAUGUUUAAUUUAUACAGUAAAUUAUUGUUAUUUUGUAAGUGAGCGGGAUAUCAUCUAUCUUUUGUAUUCGUGAAGUAUCUUUGUAGUUUAACUUAAAGCGUCCUGUUGCAGAAUAAACACUGUUUGCAUGUUUGCUA